AUGGGUAGGCCCUCAACUUUAGCGGCAACUAAACCAUAUGAAGAUUUAUUUUAUCAAUCAGACGUUAGCAAUGAUACCUUUCUAUCGAGAACAGAAUGUCGUAAUCUAUGGGCAAUAUUUGAUGCAGAUAAAAAUAACUAUAUUUCCAAAAUAGAAUUUGAACUAAAAUGGACGUUCUUAGAUUUAGACCACAAGGAACAUGCACCAAUUUUCUUCGAGGAACUGGACAAAAAUUUUAAUAAAGAAAUUGACUCAGCCGAAGUUCAACAAAUUUGCUUCUUCUUUGAUGACGAUGGUGAUGGAUUUAUCUCCAAAUUUGAAUAUGAUUAUAACUGGAAGGCGUUUUUCUCUGCUUAA